AUGGCCAACCAAAGAUAUCAUUAUACCCGCAUGGGCGAUCCGUCGCAUCAAAUCCGCCUGGUCAAGAUUCUUCCUCGACGCGACAGGAAAAGAAUUCAUCUCGAGCUAGAACUUGCCUCGAUCCAUGAAGUCCCGGGCCGGUAUGAGGUUGUCUCGUAUAUGUGGGGAUCCCCAACCGCCACCCCUGAGCGGCAUGUCCUCGUCAACGGCAAGACGUUGGCAUUGCGCGACAACAUAUGGCGGUGCUUGAAACAUCUGCGCGACCACCAGUUGACGAGAUCACGACUAUGGAUCGACUCGAUCUGCAUCAAUCAAUCUGAUGACCAUGAGAAGGGCCAUCAGGUGACCAAGAUGCGGCAAAUCUUCCACGAAGCGUCCAGAGUCUUGAUCUGGCUGGGCUCAACCAGUUUACAGACAUACCUGCAAACUCCGACUCCGACUGCAGGGUUAGGGUCGGAGAGCUUAAGGGACAGCAUCGAAGGCCUUCCUCCAAAAGAUUGGGACUGUUGGUUAGAUAUCCUAGGCCAUUCUGACCCCCAGUCUCCCCAUCUGGAAAAUCAGAUCAUGAGUAUCGUGUAUAACCCGUACUGGCGGAGGCUGUGGAUUAUCCAAGAAGUGGCACUUGCCCGCAAUGCGUGUAUUAUUUUCGGCAAGGCUCUGCUGGGGAAAGACUACAUGUCGGCAAUAUACCAGGCGGCCCGUGAGAAUUCCAAACCGGGUUACCGUUCGUGGGUGGCGAGGCAACGGGAUCCAAGCAUGACCAACUCAGGUACCAGCUUGCUGGACCAUCAUCCGAUGUUACACGUCAGUCGCAACCACAAAAGGGGACCAGAAGCAGAAGUCGGUCAAAGGAAUGGUGGGAGUGAGAAUUCCAUUUGCCGAUUGAUAUCAAGUUAUCACUGGCAAGAAUGUACCGAUCCACGAGACUAUGUCUAUGGCCUCAUGGGUCUUGUCGAGCCCGAGCCUGAUCCACGAUUCGAGAUUGAUUAUACCUCCUCCAACGAAGAGGUUGCCAUCCGAGCACUGCAGUACCUUGGUGAGGAAGGGGCAACGCUGGAACUAGGCUCAGGCUUGAAUUUGGAAGCUGCAGCCGCUUUGCUGAAAGCUCUGGCCGUCACAAGCUCGACUUACUUGAGAGCCUUGACUGAGCAAACAUGGCCCUUUGAGAGGGUCGAAGCGAUGCAGAGGACGACUAGCCUUCGGUUUCGCAUCCUCAACUGGGGCAUGACGGUUGUUACUGUAGAGUCAGAGUCAGAGUCAGAGUCAGAGUCAGAGUCAAAGCCAGACGCGGACGACACCUACGAUCAAGUUCUGCAGAUGCCUGUAUUGGGAAAUCUCACCAAGACCCUCCAUGUCAUGGAAAUGGACCCAAACACUUCCGUCAGGCUGCUGGAUGGGCGAAUUAAGCGAUUAACCCCCAUCCCCGCCACCGGGAAUGCAUCCGAUGUUUCCCACAGAGACGAUGGAGAUUCCAGAUCCAGCUAUUUUCAGCCCGGUGCUAUGGCUUUGUGUUUUCUUGAUUUCUUUUCUGCCGUCAUAGUACGCCGCACACGCACACGCACACGCAGCUCUGACGGUGACGGUGACGGUGACGGCACAAUUGAGAUGGAGAUGGGCAUGGAGAUGGAGAUUGAGCAUUUUAUCACGCCGGACAUGACUAGUCCACCCCAUAAGCCAUCGUUAUGGCUCGAGCUGCAACUUCCAAAGCCUGUGCGGGAUGCCUUACGAAGAGAGAUUAAUACUUGCGCUAUAGACUGGUCCUGGGCCGAGGCCGGGGCAGGAGGAGGAGAACCGUCUCAGGUUCAAUCCUUUCUCCAUCUUUCCACUCUGGAAGUCGUCUCGAUGUGCGAACCGAUUGCACCGAAAGCGUCUGAUAUGGCCGAGUUCUGGAAGAAUAGCUGA